CAGUGCGUCCUGUUGAGUCUGAUAGCUCCCUGUCCCCCAGGUCUGGAGGGACCCUGGUGCCAGAGACCUUCUCCAACUUCUCCGUAUGGGCAGUCUGUCCUGAGGGAAAGAGCUGGCUGAAUGCACGUAAGCACACCAGGACACCAGGGUUUGGCCAGAAGGCAGUUCCUCUCCUGCUCCCAGGACUUCUCAGAGACUGCUCUGCCAUGACCACAGCGCGGUACCGGCCCACGUGGGACCUGGCGCUCGAUCCGCUGGUGUCGUGCAAGCUCUGUCUCGGGGAGUACCCACUGGAACAGAUGACCACCAUCGCCCAGUGCCAGUGCAUCUUCUGUACUCUGUGCCUGAAACAGUAUGUGGAGCUCUUGAUCAAAGAAGGGUUAGAAACUGCAAUCAGCUGCCCUGAUGCUGCCUGCCCCAAACAGGGCCGCCUGCAGGAGAACGAGAUUGAGUGCAUGGUUGCGGCUGAAAUUAUGCAAAGAUAUAAAAAGCUACAAUUUGAAAGAGAGGUGCUCCUGGACCCCUGUCGGACUUGGUGCCCGGCGUCCACCUGCCAGGCUGUGUGCCAGCUUCAGGAGGUGGGGCUGCAGACCCCUCAGCUGGUGCAGUGCAAAGCCUGCGACAUGGAAUUCUGCUCCGCCUGCAAAGCCAGUUGGCACCCCGGCCAAGGCUGCCCCGAAACCAUGCCGGUCACCUUCCUUCCCGGGGAGACCAGUUCCGCGUUCAAGCUGGAGGAGGACGACGCGCCCAUCAAGCGCUGCCCCAAGUGCAAGGUCUACAUCGAGCGGGACGAGGGGUGCGCCCAGAUGAUGUGCAAGAACUGCAAACAUGCCUUCUGCUGGUACUGCCUCGAGUCUCUAGACGAUGAUUUCCUCCUGAUCCAUUAUGAUAAAGGGCCCUGCCGGAACAAGCUGGGCCAUUCCAGGGCUUCUGUGAUCUGGCAUCGGACACAGGUCGUGGGCAUUUUUGCUGGAUUUGGGCUCCUGCUCUUGGUGGCCUCACCUUUCCUGCUCCUGGCCACUCCAUUUGUACUUUGCUGCAAGUGCAAGUGCAGUAAAGGUGACGAUGACCCGUUACCCACCUAGAGGAAGGCAUGAUGCUGGAACAAGACCCCUGCCUCCGGGAAGCGUGGCUCUCCCCCACCCUACCCUGCUGUCCCCCUCUCACUAAACAUCUUUUUUGCCUUAUGUGCCCCAUUGAGCUUCACAGUGUCACGCUGAUGCCGUGAUUUCAGGGACUGAUGUCAGAACAUUUGCCGAGGCCCCAAGUGCAGUCCCCUAGGCAUGGGGAAGGCAAGGCUGGCAUGGGAGGGCACGUCCCCACAGAAUCAGUCUCUGCAGACUUGACAAGGGAGGUGCUAUAUGAAGCACACUGGGCAGUUUUCUCCCCGUGGUGAUAGACUAGGAACGUCUGGUGGUUGCUUAAGAGACCUUCUUGUACAAAAUGUUGUCCAUCUCCUCCUUGGCUUCAAGAUGGCGCCAUGUUACUGAGAGAAGUCUUUUAAGGAUUGCAACUCACUUCAGACAAAAUCCGGUUAUUUGGACUUGAGAAAAGCACUCUGUUUAUGACAAUUGUUUUUAUUACUAAUGG